GCAUGAAGCUGACUUUUAUGGGAGGUUCCUGACUGCAGGACUGUGAUUGAACAAAGUGAAUAAUCUGAAGCCAGUUUCCUCGCUUUUUGUGUCUGAUAUAACACUUGACCCAAAGAUGUACAAUGCCAUCUUGUCUGUGUGCCUCGUGAUGUAUUUGCUGCUGGGAAGCUGUAGAGGAGUCUUCAAGAUCCAAGUACCCGAAGUCCCCGUGGUUGCCAUCUUUGGAAAAGACAUCACCCUGAACUGUUCCUUCACCACCAAUGCCACUUUCUCCCUGGGCGACCUCAGUGUCAUUUGGCAGCUCACGGAAACUCGGAAGAUGGUGCACAAGUACCCGCACCAGCCGGACCAACAGGCAGACAACUUUGUGAACAGGACAGCACUGUUCACCGAGGAGCUGGAAAAGGGCAAUGCUUCUUUACUGUUGAGGCAUGUCCGGAUUGAGGAUGAGGGCAGCUUCACCUGCUUUGUGAGAAUUAAAAGCCACCAGAGUGCUUCCAUCAUGCUCCGAUUGGCGGCUUCUUACUCCAAACCCAGUCUGCACUUGGAACCCAACAAGAAUCUCAAGCCUGGUGAUGAGGUAGCCAUUGCUUGCCACUCUUCUGGCGGUUACCCCCAAGCUACGGUGCAAUGGCACGAUGGGAAAGGGAGCAACAUCACCGAGAAUGUCACCACUUCGCAGGUAGCCAAUGAGGAGGGCCUAUUUGACGUCCGCAGUGUGAUCCGGGUGAUACUGGAGCCCAACAGCACGUACAGUUGCCUGGUGAGGAACGAGCUGCUGAACGAGGAGACCCAAGCCUUGGCAACCAUUACAGGGCAGCAUCUGAAGUUCCCCGUGGUGGCCUUAUGGUUGACGAUCGGUCUCUCAAUUUGUCUGCUGGGGCUGCUGGCCGCCCUGGGAUACGUGUGCAGACGGAAGAUCCGGCAAAGCUGUGAGGAGAACAAAGCGGAAGAUGAUGCAGAAGAAGAGACAGAAGCAAGAACAGUGAUGAAGCCUUUGGAACAUGCUAAUGAUAAAGAAGUGGAAGAGGAAGUACUUGAAUGACAAGAAAGAAAAUCCGAAGCAAGUCAAGAACCUUUCCACAAGUGCUUUGCCAUUUUGCUGCCUUACUUCACGGUUGUCAUUGUUUAAGCAUAACCCAACUGACCUAAGGCUGGGAUUAACCGAGAUCACAGCUGCCAUUGAGCUAAAUCCUUUGUCCGUCUAGUUGUUUGACCAGACUGUUUGCUCCAGUUGUCCUGGGAUUUGCUGCAGAUGCCACUAUCUGAAAGCUAAUAUCAUGUCAAAAAUUAAGGAUGUAUCUAAUUAUGUUUUGUACACAUUUAACCGAUCUGCUGUCAGUUCAAUGCCUGAAGAACCCAGAUCCAUGUUCAGAAUGUCAAACAGUCUGAAGUGGAAUGAUAUUUUUCAGUGAUAUUUUUCAUCUAAAGAGUUGAAUUGUUCUAUUUUGGCUUGUGAUAGUGACUUUAUUGCUGUUGAAUACACAUAUAACUAGCUGCUGUCUUUGAAAGAACAUUUGUGCUUUUUUUUUUCCAGUCAGUCAUUCCAGUUGUUAAGUAACAGCUUUCAUUUCUACCACUGUAAAUCAUUCUGAAGUCUUCACGUUUCCAUUUCACGUGGGAACUCCGAAGAGCCACGGUACAGGUUUUGCGGAUGUAAUGACAGUGAAUCUGCCUGUGUUCACCCUCAUUAUUCUGCUGUGUAACACAAUAAUGGCUGGAGUCCACACACGCACAGAAUAACACAGAAUUCCAGAAGUUAAUGUCAGUGAUUCCAGGCUUGACUUGAGAGUCCGCUGUUGAGGACCACCUCUGUCCCCCAGACAGCAAUUAAUGAAUUGACGUCUUGUGUUGGUAGUCUUGCUGUGAAAACCGUUGAUUCACGUUGUUGGAUGAGGCAUAACUGGGAAUCUUUACUGUGUACUAACUUCAGAAUCAUUGCCAAACACCUCAAUGGUCCUAAGAAGCAAAGUUGAUAUUUGUGGGAAUGUAAAACUUCUCCAUUAUGAAUAAAAAGGCAUUUGCAUUUUUCAUAUUUUCUUCUUUCAAGUUUGUUUAUAUCAAUCUGAAUCCACGCAAUAAGUUGUUUUGUGAAAAUGUAAAUUGCAAAUGAAGGAUCACAUGCCUUUAACGGCCUACUCUGCUGUUUGAGGAGUUACAUAAGUGUGAUUGGCUGCUCACCUUGCUUGCUGAUGUCACAGUUGCCUGGAGAUGCUCAUGACUCAAUGUCAGACUUCAACACUGGCUGUCAAGGAAGGGGGGUUACCGUAACAUAGAGAUCAUGGUCCCAACGGUGGCUUUGCUGCUGCAUAAUCAAGACAAUUAAAAGUGAACAAAAUCUAAUAAAAAGUAGCAUCUUCAUGCCAAUUCUUGAUGGAACGGGCCAUAUUCAGGAUAUGAGAGACCCAUAAAGGGUCCAUCUAUUACGUGGAUGGAAAUCAAGGUUUCUAUUACACCCUCCUUCAUCUCCUGGCUAGCUUCCCCUGCAAGUUCUGAAAUAUUUUAAUUGUACAGUCAAACAGAAAGGAAAUAGACCCCUUGGUCCAACCAGUCCAUGCUGACCAUGUUCCCUAACUAAACUAGUCUGCGUUUGGCCCAUAUCCCUCCAAACCUUUCCUAUUCAUGAACUUAUCCAAAUGUCUUUUCAACAUUGUAACUGCACCCACACACAUCACAUUCCCUGGCAGUUUAUUCUACACAUGAACCACCUCUCUGUAAAAAAAAAGUUCACCUUCAUGUCCUUUUUAAAUCUUCCUCCUCUCACCU